UAACCACAGCCCUGCACGUUUCCUGUUUAACGUUCCGCUUUGUGAUACACGGUUAUAUUGGUGUUCAACAGCGAAAUAUUUCAAACACUGUACACUUUUUUCAUUGUUUUAUUUGUGAAUAUUUCUAAUUUCUGCUAAUUUUUUAAUAUUGUUUUUGGCUUUUUAUUUUUAUUUCAUUCCUAUUCAUUAUGUCAAAUGCUAACGAAGAGAAAUUUGAUGCAAUGCUACUGGCAUUGGCUCAGCAGCACGAGAAAGGCGUCGAACAACUUUUAGAUACAUUUUUUAGUUUUCUUGGUCGAAAAACAGAUUACUUUAUUGGAAGUCCUGAUGAAAAAGCUUCAGAACGAAUGUUAUUAUCGGUAUUUAAUAAACAUCGUGAUAUCGCUCUAAAACAAAAACGUGCUGAAGAUGAGAAACGUAAACAAGAAGCAUUAAAAAGAUUACAAAAGUCAAAAGAGGAGAAAGAAUUAGAGACUAAACCUAAACUUAAAGAAUUGACUGACGAAGAAGCUGAUCAACUUCAAAAAGAGUUGGAUAUGAAAAAAAAUGUAAAAGAUGUUGAUCCAUUAUUAUCUGGAGAAACAACAAAUGAAGUAUCUCAACCAAUUGAAGAAGAUGAUGAUGAUCCGAAAGAAACUGGUAAAUUGAAACCAAAUGCAGGCAAUGGUUGUGAUUUACCUAAUUAUAGAUGGACUCAAACAUUGUCUGAUGUUGAGCUUAAAAUUCCAUCUAAAGCAGCAUUCAAAUUGAGACCACGGGAUGUAAUUGUGAAUUUGAAAAAGAAACAUAUUUACGUUGGUAUAAAGGGACAGCCACCGAUAUUGGAUGAUGAACUACAACAUGAAAUCAAACUCGAAGAAACCACUUGGCUGCUCGAAGAUGGAAAAACGUUCCUCAUUAAUAUUGAAAAGGUGAACAAAAUGGAAUGGUGGUCAAAGUUAGUGGUUUCGGAUCAAGAGAUAUCUACUAAAAAAAUCAACCCUGAGCCAUCUAAACUUUCCGACUUAGAGGGUGAAACUAGAUCCAUGGUGGAGAAAAUGAUGUACGACCAACAACAAAGAAAUAUGGGAUUACCUACGUCAGACGAGCAGAAAAAACAGAACGUUCUCCAAAAGUUUAUGGAACAACACCCCGAGAUGGACUUUUCCAAGUGUAAAUUCAAUUAAAUGCGCUCAAGUCCAAGACAAAAUAUAUAUAGAACAAUAUUACAUAAGAAUUGAAAUAUUAA